UGCAUGGAGAUUUUACAAACUGACCCAAGCGUGAAAGAAAAAGAUGGGAUAUAUUCAAUAAAUAUCAGUGGUCGGAAAAAGAUAUCGUACUGUGACAUGACUAUAGAUGGAGGGGGCUGGACGGUUAUCCAAAAAAGACAGGAUGGUUCUACAGAUUUUUUUAAAACUUGGGCAGAUUACAAGAAAGGAUUUGGAGACCCAUCCAAAAACUACUGGUUUGGAAACGAUGCAAUUCACUAUUUAACAAAGACAAAUCAGGAACUACGAGUGGAGCUGUUGAGUUUUGCUGACGAGAAAGCGUACGCCCUGUAUUCCGCAUUUCAAGUUGGAAACGAGAGCAGCAAAUACUUGCUUACAGUUUCGGGGUAUAAUGGAACAGCGGGAGACAGUUUGGGUCGGAACGAUGGAAAGAAGUUCAGUACGUGGGAUCAGGAUAAUGACAGAAGCAGUAAUAACUGUGCAGUAGGCUAUCACGGAGCCUGGUGGUACAAUAAGUGUUCAUACUCUAACCUGAACGGACAAUACGUGGGGUCUGCUCUAUCUGCUAACAAGUAUCCGACCUGGUGGCAUUGGAAAUCUCUUGAAGCGUUAAAGGGCACAGCGAUGCUGAUAAGACCCAAGAAUUAAAAUCAAUUGACUAAAUUCAUGUCCUAGAUAUAAUUAUAUAUCUACACAUGCAUGACGGAGAGAGAAUAUUAACGAACGGUUCAUAAAUAGGAAUGAAAUGUUCAAGUAUUUUCCACAAUCUAAUUGUUUAUUGAGUAGUGAACUAUAGCAUUUGGUAUAGUGCUGUAAACUCUGAACGCUCAACGUAUAUAUUUUUGUGAUAAAGUAAAUUAUGCAUAUAGCGAACAUAAUUUUAGCGAAUUCACGUAUACUAUAAUAUUCAUUUCCCUACGUGAGGAAAAUCAUGAAACUUUUAUAAAAUACAGCAACGUUUGGUUAAAACGAACUGUUAACGUUGUUCACUGGCUAUCGAAGUUUUCUAUAACCAUAUUUUAUUACGUACAAAACCCAGCUCAAUAGAUGAAUUAUGAUAUACAUCCAGGAAAUAAAUUCUGUUCAUAGUUUUCCCUCAUAGAACAUACUGUAUAUGCAUAUAUAUUAUCCACGUUCUCUAUAUGAAAGGUGAAGACAACGAACAGUGAUGAAUCUCAUAACUCCUAUAAGCAAUACACAAUAGACAGUUGGGCAAACAGGGACCCCUGGGUAUACCAGAGGUGGGAUCAGGUGCCUAAGAGGAGUAAGCACUCCCUGUCAACCGGUCACACCCGCCGUGAGCCCUAUAUCUUGAUCAGGUAAACGGAGUUAUCCGUAUAUACAUUUAAACAUUGAUACAUAAGUAUCUGUCACACAAUCUGGGCAUUAUACUGAAAUUAUAAUGGAGAAGUUUCUUGAGUUGUGUUCGCAUUAGUUACAAACAUUUAUCAGAAAGGACCGUCAGUAUUCAAGUGAUAUAAUUCCUAUAAAUAAGAACAAUUAAGAAAUAGAGAACAAAGUCAAGGGGAGAGCGUAAUGUACAUACGUACACGAUCAAACAUAGUACAUUGUCAUAGGUCUAAAAUAUACGGCUAUUUCCUGUUUUCAAACAAAUAUGUAUAUAUAUAGAAGUACUUUAAGUUAUUUCUAAAUCAAUAUACACGUGUGCAUUGUUAAGUGCCUCAUUAAUUCCCCAAUUCAUUCCUUAAAAUACAAGUUAUUUUUAUGUAUUAAAACUACGAAACUGGUCAUAUUUAGUCUUUGAUUAGAGAUUUACAAUGCACAUUUCUAAGCGUUUUAGUUAGAUUCAGCACGCAAAAUGUAACAGGUGAUGAUAAUUUUGAAUAAAGAAAAUAAAAG